AUGGAAGCAAUUAGGUCAAGGACAGAGACUCAUCUCCAAAAUGUAUUAUCAAACAAGUCUGAAGUUAGACAUAUCGAUCCAAAGCACAACCUUGGCGAUGCGGACUUGUUGCACCAGAUUGGUUAUAAACAGGAGUUGAAUCGUCACUACUCCACCCUCCAAAUGUUUGGUGUGGCAUUUUCAAUUAUGGGACUUUUACCAAGUAUUGCAUCAGUUCUUGCCCAAGGGUUGGAAUCUGGACCAGCUGGUUUGGUCUGGGGAUGGUUUAUCGCUUGUGUUUUCAUCUUCACUGUGGGAUGUGGAAUGAGUUUUUUAGGAAGUGCAAUCCCAACCAGUGGUGGAUUGUACUACUAUACCAAUUACUAUUGUCCUGAUUCAAUUCGUGUUCCCUUGAGUUUCUUAAUUGGUUGCUCAAACUCUCUUGGGUUAAUUGGAGGCUUGUGCAGUAUCAGUUAUGGUUUUGCUGUAGAGGUACUUUCAGCAGUGGCAAUUUCCAAGGAUGGAGAUUUCGACAUCACCAAUGCCAAAAACUAUGGAGUUUUUGUUGCUUGUGUCAUCACGUGUGUUGCUAUUUCGUGCUCAGCUACAAAACAUGCCGCCACCUUGCAAACAGUGUCCAUUAUAGUGAAUAUGUUUUUGAUUAUACUUUUCCUCAUUGCUGUACCAGUUGGUGUUGGAAAAAACUACAGUUUCAACGAUAGAGCAUUCAUCUUUGGAAACUUUGAAAAUGCUAGGGAUUGGGGCACUGUUUGGAGUGUCUUUAUCUCAUUACAACCAGCUGUUUGGGUGAUUGGAAGUUACGAUUCUGUUAUUCACGUUAGUGAAGAGUCGAGAAACGCACAAAGAGCUAUCCCAGUGGGUAUUUUGGGUUCAAUUACUGCUUGCUGGUUCAUGGGUUGGGCUAUUGUAAUUGUUUGCGCAGCCUCUGUUAAAGACGGAGACGUUGCACGUGUAUUAGCGACUGAUACUGGAUCACCAAUGGCGCAGAUUAUUUAUGAUGCCUUGGGGAAAAAAUGGGCAGUAGCCUUCAUGUCAUUGAUUGCUGUAGGACAAUACCUCAUGUCGAUUUCAAUUGCAAUUGCCAUUUCGAGACAGAUCUGGUCAUUUGCACGUGAUGACGGGUUACCUAUUAUUUAUAAAUGGGUCAAAGUCAUUGACCCAAGAAUCAAAGUCCCAGUAAGGGCUACUGUCUUUGCAGGAGUUGCAUCAUUGAUCUUGGGUCUUUUGGUGUUGAUAAACGGAAGUGCUGGUUCAAACGCUUUGUUCUCAUUAGGUAUCUGUUCGAAUUCCCUCGCAUUUGGUAUGCCAAUAUUUUUAAGUUUAUUACCAUACGGUUACAAAAAAUUCCAACCAGGACCUUUUUAUUUUGGUAAGGUGGUGAGCUCAUUCAUUAGUGCUGUUGCUGUUGGAUGGUGUGCAUUCAUCAUUGUGUUGACGAUGUUCCCUGAUAUGAAGCUGAUUGAUCGCGACUCGAUGAACUAUACUGUAGUCAUCAAUGUUGGCAUCUGGAUAUUAUCUUUGAUCUACUAUUUCACUUGGGGUUACAAGGCAUACUCAGGUCCCAAGAGUAAUUUGGACGAUGAAGGUUCAGACCUGUCGUCGAAUCCCCAAAUUGAUGUAUUACUUUUAGACGAGAAAGCCUAG